CAAAAUGUAAGGAGGGGGGAAAUAAGGUGGGGGAGUGAUUAAGAAGCUAGUUAGAGCCGCAAGGGAAUGAUAACGAUAACAAGGAGGUUGGCGCAAUUCAUUGAAAGGCAGAAGUGUGCCCGGGACGUGGUCUGAAUGCUUGCUUCACUACCAGAAUGCGGAGAGUAAUUAUGGAGUGAGACUGAGCAUAUGCCAAGUGUCUUUUCCACAAUCCUCAGUUUCCCUACAUCCACACACCUGUAUGAUUGGAAGUGUUGCUUCCUGGCAGAUUAGAGCCCCAAGUCACUUUUUAGAACUUCCCUAGACUGGAAGAAGGGGAGGGGGCGGAUGACAGCCUGGAGUCACUGUCUGCUGUGUCAUGUGAUCACGUGGCUGGAGGAUUUCUUGUGGGGCUGAUCUCCUUCUGUAUAUAUUUUUUUUCUUUUUCUCUUUCCCAUCUUUAGGAUUCAGAGUGUAACCAUCAUUGUCCAACAUCAGACCCCGGAAUAUGCAUUUGUCCCUGCACAUGGUUAUGAGCUUUAGAGUGUCGGAGCUGCAGGUGCUGCUGGGUUUUGCGGGCCGAAACAAGAGCGGACGGAAGCAUGAGCUGCUCACCAAGGCCUUGCAGCUGCUGAAGUCUGGCUGCAGCCCGGCCGUUCAGAUGAAAAUCAAGGAGUUGUACCGCCGUCGAUUCCCCCGGAAGAUCCUGACCCCCUCCGACUUAUCCAUGCUCCACCUCCAGACGGUACAGCUUCCCUCGGCCACGGCGCUGACUCAGGGCGCCAUGUGCCACUUGCCCUACAAUAAUGGAUCGGUGGCUUCUCCUGUGCCGGCUGGCAUGUUGCCCCCGGUGCCUAUGUUGGGACCCAAACACGAGCCGGAUGUUUCUCACUUGUCACCCCCCAUCCAUCCGGUCCAUCCGGACGUCAAAAUGAAGCGGUUACCCUUCUACGAUGUCUACGAUGAGCUCAUCAAACCUACCACGUUAGCUUCCAUGAACAGUCAGAGGUUUGAGGAGGGCCAGUACUCUUUUGUCCUGACGCCUCAGCAGGUGCAGCAGAUACUCACCUCUCGAGAUAUGUUACCUGGUGCCAAAUGCGAUUACUCCGUACAGGUUCAGUUAAGGUUUUGUUUAUGUGAAACCAGCUGUCCGCAAGAGGACUACUUCCCUCCUAAUUUAUUUGUGAAGGUGAAUGGAAAACUUUGCCCCCUUCCAGGUUAUCUUCCUCCCACAAAAAAUGGCGCGGAGCCCAAGCGACCGAGCCGACCUAUCAACAUCACACCCCUGGUGCGGCUUUCUGCAACAGUCCCCAAUAGUAUUGUGGUUAACUGGUCCUCUGAGUUUGGCCGGACUUAUUCCCUGUCUGUUUACUUGGUGAAACAAUUGACGUCUGUGACGUUGCUACAGAAGCUGAGGGCUAAGGGCAUCCGAAACCCGGACCACUCGCGGGCCCUGAUCAAAGAAAAGUUGACGGCUGAUAUCGACAGUGAGAUUGCAACGACAAGUUUACGUGUUUCUCUCAUGUGCCCGCUGGGCAAGAUGAGGCUGACUGUACCUUGUCGAGCGUACACCUGCACUCACCUCCAAUGCUUUGAUGGUGCCCUUUAUCUUCAGAUGAACGAAAAGAAGCCCACGUGGACUUGUCCCGUUUGUGACAAGAAGGCUCCCUACGAGGCCUUGAUCAUUGAUGGUUUGUUCGUGGAAAUCCUCAACUUGGUCACAGACUGCGAUGAGAUCCAGUUCAUGGAAGACGGCUCGUGGUGCCCGAUGAAGCCCAAGAAAGAAAACCAGGAGGUUUGCCAGCCGUCGGCUUACAACGGGGUGGAAGCAAAUUCCCUGUACCUGGUGGGCCCCGACGGGAAGCAGCUAGCCGACAGCAAGAAGAAAGUGGAGGUCAUAGACCUCACGCUAGACAGUUCUUCGGACGACGAGGAGCCCCCUGCAAAGAAGCAGUGUCCGGUCACCACGGCAGCCAUUCCGUCUGCAGUGGGACCCAAGGGGGGUAUAAGCGCCGACCACCAACCAUCCUCAGUCUUGCGGAGCCCCCCGAUGGCAGCUGUUGGCAGCGACUACCUAUCCAGCCUUCCAAUCCCAGACUACCACCCUUCUUACCAGGUCCCUUCAGAUAUCCAAGGUCUGGAUUUGUUUUCCUUCCUUCAAAGUGAAAACCAGCAUUACAGCCCUUCCGUGAUCACCUCCCUGGAUGAACAGGACACCCUGAGCCACUUCUUCCAGUACCGCGGCCCCUCUCCACAUUUCAUGAACCCCCUCGCUCCCGUCAUGGUGGGAUCCCACGGCGCAGUUGGGUCCUCCUCCCCCGGCGGCCGCCUGAACAGCGUUGUGUCUUCUCCUUCCGUGGCCUUGCGGGAGAACCACGGGCACAACAACACGGUCGGAGGCAGCCCCGUCUUGCCGAGCUGCCGGCCAGAUAUAAUCUCGCUGGACUAAAGCGGGGCGCAUAAACAGACUCUCGUGGGCUGGUGCGGGUUUGUUCCUCCCCGACUGAGACGCGUGCACAAAAAAAGGUGGAUUUUACUCCAGUCAGCUUGAAAAGAGAUGAACUGAGUGAUCUCUCGCGGGCGUUCCGGACUGGGUGUCUUCUGUAGAUUCUGCACGAGGUUCAGAAGAAUGUGGAAUUUGGCAUUGGCUGCAGUGUCCUGAGAAUCUGUGUUUUCAUUGGCUUGCGUUUAAAUCAAGUUUCUAGCCCCCGUGAUUUCUGAGAUGCCUGGAAAUGUGUAGGUGGUGCUUGGUGAACUCUCAGGAGGCCGGAGUGAUGGUUGAAAUAAGAUUUCCAGCAGUUAUGGGGCAGGGUCUCGGUGCCCCCUGAUCUAACAGAAACAGUUAUUUAUGCAAAGCUAACAAAACAGAUGCGUCAUCUCUGUGGCGUUGCAGUAUUUCUGGGUGCACAAACAGUUUCCUUAGCACAGAAUUGCACACAAUCUGGUUUGCCAUCCCGAUGCAGAGUGCUGGUAAAACGGUGGCACCUUGGUUUCAUCCAGAUGCUCCUAAUUGUGUGUAGACAACGUGCAUUUGGGGCAGCCAUGCCCAGUGAAUCGGCAGCUCAGCAGCUGGUGGCUGUAAAGGACAACGGGGCACUUGGCAGGAAGUGAAAUACUUUGUUUUGGACCAAGUUAGCCUGAUGUUAAAAAGGGUGAAAGCUUUGCAGUUUUCAUAGCACUCUUCAAGGCAGAAAUCUUUGCCUGAUGAAGAGUCCUGCAGAGCUCAAAGGUUGCGUGCAUGUCUGCCAGUCUAGCUUCCCCUGACCCCAAAUGCUUAUUUCUUUGCUCUGUUACCUGAGCUUGUCAGUACAACUUUUUUGGUGGACCGGUCGGCCCUUGAGAGACUAUAAUGCAGUGCAGGCAUGCCAUCGCCAGCCUGCAAAGCCACGGCUUGCAAUCCAGGAGCCAGCACUGGGAACGUUGGGGCCUUUUUCUCAUGUCAUGCCGUGCAGAACAUCAAGUUGGUGCUGAUGAAGGAAGCAGAGGGGCAGGGGCAUGAUACUGGAGAAAAGGCAGUAGGUAGGCAGUUGAGCAGCAGUGGUGUAGGAGGUUAAGAGCUUGCGUAUCUAAUCUGGAGGAACCGGGUUUGAUUCCCAGCUCUGCCGCCUGAGCUGUGGAGGCUGAUCUGG